CUGCACUGACUCCAAUUUCAGAUGUAGGGAAAGAGGGGAGAGGAGAUUUUAAUCAUCUCUGUCUCUUUAAGAGCACUUAUCAAAGCUUUUGCAUUUAAAGAAAAGGAGAAAUACGGUAUACCACGAGCAGCUGAACCACCAAGGACGGAAUACGGGAAUGGAUUUAUAAAACUUACACGGGCCUGGGAAUAGCCGCUGGUUUCUUUUCCCUGUAACUGGAUUGGGUUUGAUUACAGAGUGGGGGUUGUGUAAGUAAAAUAAAUAGAUCGUGUAUAAACAUCGCGAUUGAGAAGCGAAAGACUUCGGAGAUCCUUGCUUUGAUAGCAUUUCUCUCGUAAAAUUUCCAUAGUGGAACUUAGCUGCGGGAGAUGGUUAACAGUUGAGACUUGCGAAAAUAGCUAGCUAGCUAGCUACAGUGCAGUGGAUAUUGUCCACUGUUCCAUUUCUAACGCUUUAUUGAUACGCACAUAUUGUCGAGACGGAUAUUUAUAUUUUUGAAUUUCCCCUUUUCGACCGUGGAUCAUGGAUUGGGUGGUGGAAAACGAGGGGCAGCGGUAUAAUUUCUCUGCGUUGUCUGCGGUAUGCAGCUGUUAAUAUUGGGUUGUACCGUUGCAACAAAGUUGCAAAGCAAGUGAAAUACAGAAAUCAUAACUAUUUUGCGAAUUUGCACCUGUUUAAAUGAAGGAGACGUCGCCGUUUUAAAGGGGAACCUCGAAAAAGACGUGAAGGUUUGGAUCGCUUCUUCGCCUGCAUUGUGGAAUAUUUGAACAUUUGUUUGUUAUUCUGGAGGUUUAUAGCUAUUCAAGGUCAUUCUGUGAAUCUAAUUAUUGAUAUAGAUACAUAGCUAUAUAAUUUGUAUAUAGGCGUAUCGUCGUGUGAACGUUUGGGAGUUCAGUAUUUUAUUGAUCUAUUGCAAAGGGAAAUCCGUUCACAUUUUGGUAAACCAGUGUAAUCCUUAGUUUCCACAACGAUUUUAAAAUGGAUGGAAAACUGAAGCAGAGUCGGAGAUCCCGAUCCCAGCGUGAGAGGGUACGGAGACGCGAGGCAGCUGGCCGCGAUGCACGAAAUCAGAGCCCCUCGUCUUGCUCAGACAGAGAGCAAAGUCCUAACAGGGAUCAUGCCUCACAGAAUGGUAAAAAAGCUUCCAACUCGGCCCCCUCAUCCAGAGCGCCGCGUCCGACGCGGAGAAAGCGACGGGAAUCUAGCUCCCAGGAAGAGGAUAUCAUUGAUGGAUUUGCCAUCGCCAGCUUCGCCAGUCUGGACUGUCUGGAGAAGAAGAAGAACGGGACCCUGAAGCCGCAGGAGAGGAAGGAGAAGUGGGAGAGCCAGACGGUGAAGAGGAGGAGAGAGGUGGAGAACGGCGUCGGCGCCGACCCCCCGGAGAACGGCUUCAACGACAGCGGCGCCAACCUGGAGCGGGAGCAGGACCGGGCGAAGGAGCGCGUGAAGAAGAAGACCUACUCCAAGAAGAGCAAACAGGUGAAAGGGAUGCUGGGAAGGUCUGGGAGGAACAGCGAGGAGGAGGCCCUGCAGGAACUCAGCAGGCCGCAGAGGAGCAACUCCAAAGAGCACUUCAGUGAGUGUGACAGCGAGAGUGACAUCGAUGACAGGGCUUCUGAUGUUGGAUCAGAGAAGCUCUUCUCCCCUACAGCAAGCAAAGGUGUGACGGCGAAUGAGAUUCGCGAGUCCAAGACUUGCAGCUCGACCAAAGUCUCGGGGCUCCAGCGCAGCCAGGAGCAGAGCGUCGAGGCGCCCUUCGCCCCGGCCGUCCCUAGCCCCGCCCCCCCGGCGACCCCGCCCGCCGCCUCCCCGGCCCGAGCUGACCCGGCGGCUGCCCCCCCCAGGCCCCGGCUCGCGUCCCCGCCCCCGCUGCCCGUCAAGAAGGAGGCGGCUCCGCCCAUCCCCACCCCACCUCCGCUGAGGGCCCAAUCGCAGCCUCAGCAGGAGCUGCGGGUCCCGCCCCCUCCCCACCACGCCCCGCCCAUAAUCAAUCACCACCAUCACCCGCUGCAGUACAGCAGCCUUCACAACAUCAGUCGCAGCAGCAGCAGCAGCAGCAGCCUAGCGGGUGUCGGCCUCCCCAAACACCACCUGCCCCCCUCCCCCCACAUCAACAGCCUCCCCCCCUCCACCCCCGCCCUCCCCCUGUCCAUCGCCAACCUCUCUACCUCUCACUAUUCCCUGCCUCCUACAUCCGCACACCGCCAUCCGGCCAUGUUCGCAACCCCCGCCACACUGCCGCCACCUCCCACCUUACCGACCAACGGCCUUGUGGUCCCAGGGCACCCCACUGGAACCGCCUACCCAGAGCAUGACCUUCUGCGGCAGGAGCUGAACAACCGCUUCCUGGUUCAAAGUUCAGAGCGGGGCCGGGGGCCGCCCGCGUCCUCCUCCCCGCUGGCCCCCGUCUCUCUGCUGAGGGCCGAGUUUCACCAACACCAGCACAUGCAUCAGCACCAACACACCCACCAGCACACCUUCACGCCCUUCCCCGCCGGCUUGCCCCCGGCGGCCGUCCUUGCUCCGCCCACUGCACCUCCUAUGGUGCGUACCCCAGCCAGAAAUUUCGACAAGUACGCUCCGAAACUGGACAAUCCCUUCCUGAGGCAUCAUUCGAACUUCUUCCCCUCCUACCCCCCCACAAUGCCUGGCAUGCCCCCCCUGCUCCCACACUCAGGACCCUUCAGCUCACUACAGGGAGCCUUCCAGCCCAAGGCCUCCAAUCCCAUUGAUGUAGCAGCCCGCCCUGGGGCCGUCCCUCACACACUCCUCCAGAAGGACCCGCGGGUAACGGACCCCUUCAGGACCUCAGUAAGAAAACCUGGGAAGUGGUGUGCGGUCCACGUACAGAUCGCCUGGCAGAUCUACCACCAUCAGCAGAAGUUGAAGCAGCAGAUGCACAAGCUGGACAUGAACGAGAAGCUGGACCUGUUCAGCCGCCCCCCUGCCCCCGGGGUGUUUCCGGGCUUCCCCUACCCCCACGACCUCGCACGACCCCUCUUCACAGGAUCCGGGCACCCGGCAGCCUCACCCUACGGCCCCUCCCCCCACCACAGUGGAUUCCUGCCCACCAGCCACCUGGCAGAUCCUUACGGUCGCUCCGGUACCUUUGGUGGCCUUGGCAACCUUUCUACCAGUGCCUUCGGAGGAUUAGGCAAUCCGUCGCUCGGCUCCAACAGCGUUUUCGGACACAAGGACGGGCCGGGGCUGCCGGGAUUCAGCAGCCCCCACCACGACACCUGGAACCGCCUCCACCGGACCCCGCCCUCCUUCCCCACCCCCCCGCAGUGGCCCAAGUCCGCCGACAUGGAGCGCAGCAACUCCGCCACCAACCACGACCGGGAGAGGGAGAGGGAGAGGGAGAGGGAGCGGGAGAGGGAACGGGAGAGAGAGCGGGAAAAACGAGACUCGUCCGUGGGAAAGGAGGAGAGGGAGAAAGACAGGGAUUCUCUGGACCGGAGCCGCCACUCGAACCGGUCCUCUCCGGCGUCGGCGCCGGUCAGCUACCAGAUCAGCAGCCUGAUCCGCAGCAACAGCCAGAACUCCAACGACUCGGGCCGGCCACACGGGGGCAGCGGCGAGCAGCUGGAGCGGCAGAGGGAGGCGGCCAUGCUGGGGGAGGUGAAGGUGAAGGAGAGCCGGUCGCCGGGGAAGGAGAGCGGCGGCGACCGGCGCCCCUCGGAUGACCCCUGCAAACCGGCCCACCGCUCGCCCUCGCCGUACCCCAAAUCCGUCGACUCCGCCCUCAAGCUGGGCGGGGCCCCGCAGCAGCAGCAGCAGCGGCCGCCGUCCGCCGCGCUCAAGGACGCCGAACGGAAGGACCCGCCCCCUGGCGACAUGAUGCAGAAGAUGAAGAACGACAUGAAGAUCAAAGAGGAGAGGAAGGAGGACCAGGAAGUGAUGGUGGUGGGCUCGGAGCCCGCCUCCCACCAAGCCCCGCCCCCGGCUCUGCCCCCUCAGCCGGCCUCGCACCAGCAGCACCCCCACCUCGCUCACCACCCCCACCUCCAGCAGCAGCCCCCUCAGCCCUCCCCCCGCUGCAGCGACCUGCCCCCGCCGGGGUCCCUCCACGGCGUCCACCUGUCCCACUCGCUGCCCCUGUCCAUGGGCGGCGUGCACCCCAUGGGGAGCCUCAACGUGCUGGACCGCGCCCGGGUGGCCCCCUUCAUGGGCGUGAGCCCGCUGGCGGCCGGCCGGGACCGCCUGCCCCACCCGGCCUUCCCCUGGGACCCCAUCCGGGAGGCGUACCGCAGCCUGGACCUCCAGCGCCGGAUGGACUUCCAGCUCCGGGCCGAGCAGGCGCACCGCUUCCCCGGUGUCUACGACCCCGAGCGGGCGUACCGGGAGCGCGAGCCGCACGACUACUCCCACCACGAGCACCUGCUGGAGGUGCGGCGGGAGCACGAGCGCAUGCGCCAGGCCGAGGAGCGGGAGCGGCUGCACCUCCGCGAGGAGCUGGACCGGGCCCGCCUCCACCAGCUCCACCAGUCCCCCAUGGAGGGCCACCUCCCGCACAUGCCCCCCUUCAUGUCGCACCUGGGCGGGAUGCCCUACCCGAGACUCAGCCCCUCGGGGGCGCACAACGGGCUCCUCAACCGGACCCCCCCGACCGCCGCGCUCAGCGCGCCCCCGCCCCUGGUGCCCGCGGGGAGCACCAGGCCCCCCUCGCCCAGACGGACUACCCCUCUCACCACCCAGGAUCCCAGGGACUACUCCCCCUCCCGAAAUCCCAAAGAAGUAGAGGCCCGGUAGUAGCUUCUGAGACAAAAAAAUAAAAAGAGACGAACAAAGAAAGACGAGAAACACUUUGGCAAAAAAAAAAAAAUUUAAAUUAAAAUUUUAAAAUCGCGUUUUAAAAAUAAACUGACAAAAAUGCACUGCUUUUCCAAAAGAGAGAAGCAAAAAAAAUUUUCCAUUGGAGAAAUAAAGAAUUGUAAAAAACUGUAUAGCGACAAAAUACAAAAUUUAAAAAUUUGUAAAGCCGAAGAAGCACACGACGUCGAGCUAAUAUUUUAAGCGACGUGAUUGGAUAAUGUCGGGGGGAGGGGGGAGGGUGGGCGAUUUUAAGAAUAUCCAGAGUGUAUGUUCUUUACCGACUUAAAAUUUGAUAUUAAUAUAUUAAUCAAAUACUGUUUUUCACUUUUGACGCGCAAAGUGAGAUUCUGAAAUAAGUUUGUACAUUUCCUAUCUUCUUUCCAUGUAUAGAAGUCAUUUUUAUGAAUUUGUAUUUUCGUUGUGGUAUUCCCUCAUGAAUCUUGUUUUGGGUUUUCUUUUUGUUGAGAUUUUUUUCAUUAUUUAUCCCAGUUCACUGUGAGACGUAUCAUUGAAGCCUAUAGUCUCAAGGGGAUUCCUUUCUCAUUUUUACAUUUUGACAGCUAUUUUACCGUACUUGGUACCUUGAAAUACUCAGAAAUGACAAUGUACAAUGUUACAUGAAAAAAAAAGGUUUUUGUUUUUUGCCUUAUGAAGAUAUGCAGACAAAUAUAUAUAAAUAUAUAUUACGAGGUCUCCUUUGGUUUCUGUAAAGAAAAUAAAUGUAAAUAUCUUGUUGAUAUUACUUGGGACAAAAAUACAGUGUAAAUUUAUUAGGCUUUUUAAAUGUUUCUAGAAAAAAGAAAGAGAGAAAAUGGAACCACUUACCACUCAAAAAAAAAACAAAAACAAAAACCAUGGUUACAGACAAACAAGUUCAACGGAAGAGGGAGCGGGAGUAUCGAGGAGAGGGGGGACGCGUUAUCUGCCAUCUAUGCAAAGAGGCACUGAAGGCCAACGUGGAAUUAACACCUGGAGAAGGCGUUUGGGCGUGGCAGUUGAGUCGAGGGAACAUGGAUUUACAUGACCUUCUUUUUUUUCCUCCCCCCGCCCCCCACCCCCCACCCCCCAAAAUUUAAAAACAAAAAUACAACAAACAAACAAAAAAAAAACAGACUUUUCGGAUUAUGAACUUUACCAGGAGCUACAGCAGACUCGUGGCCCCAGAAAGACCCGGAAGAGAAGGGAACACACUGUUGGAGCGGGCGGCAACAGACAUUCUCUGUCCACCUUGUGUUAUUGUGCCGUGUUUUUUCUUAGACUCUUGUAUACAAAACAAGUAGAGUUUUAGGCGUGCAAAAAAAUGAAAAUUCAUGGUUUAAAAAAAGUAUGAAAUAAAAGUUCGGAUCUAA